AAUUUUACCCGCAGUUUGAUUGGACUUGAUCAUCAGACGGAGUUCUUUGGAAGGCUUUACAAACAGAGUUCCGGGCACAAAUACUGGGGACUUUACAUGAUGAGAACGCCAACCUUAAUGCUUCGCGAUCCGGAUCUUAUCAAUAAGGUGCUCAAUAAAGAUUUCUGGCAUUUCACCGAUCAGGGUUUUCCCGUAGAUAUCAACGCUUCUCCUAUAAACAACGGCCUGUUUUCUAUGAAAGGUCAGGAAUGGAAAAUCAUGAGAAGCAAAUUGAGCCCAGCUUUCACAUCCUCAAAACUAAGAAGCAUGCUAGAUCAGAUAAAAGAUUGUAGUGACCAAUUAAUCAGAAAUUUGAAAUUGAAAUUAAUGCAAUCGGACGUGUUAGAGGUGCGUAGCAUCAUAUGCGAUUAUUCGAUUGACGUGAUCGGCACUUGCGCUUUUGGACUGCAGUUAAACACCAUCGUUGAUGACAACUCGUUAUUUCGUAAAGCGGGAAGAGCUGUAUUCGCGCCGUCACUUAGACUUCUACUAAAAGAUAUGUUCCAGUAUAUCUCACCAGUAUUGAGAAAAAUGUUAAAAAUUUACGACUUCCCUAAGUUUGCAACAGAUUUUUUUGAAAAUUCUUUUCGUCAAACAAUGGAAUACAGAGAAAAGAACCGUAUCACAAGAAAUGACUUUGUGCAAUGCUUGCUACAGGCCAAGACAGACUUGAUCAUCAAUAAAUCAGAGCCAUCAGUGAGCUUUAAAGAAAUGGAUAUAAUAGCCAAUGCUUUUUUUUUGUUCCUGGCCGGUUUCGAGACGGUAUCUACGACUAUGAGCUUCUGUUUAUAUGAAUUAGCCUUGAAAAAACCCAUUCAAGAUCGUGUUCGCGAAGAAAUCUUAACCGCAAAGUCGAACCAUAACGGCGAUCUUAACAAUGGGUUUUUAGCAGAACUACCAUAUGUCGAAAUGGUUUUAGCAGAAACUCUACGUAUGUAUCCACCUUUAUCAAUAAUCUUCAGAGAGGCCUCAAAGUCCUACCAAGUUCCUGGAGAAGAUUUGGUAAUAGAAAAAGGAACUAAAAUUGCUAUACCUGCAUACAGUCUACACAUGGAUCCAAUGUAUUACCCUGAUCCGAUUACCUUCAAUCCGGAACGUUUUACUCCCGAAGAAAAAGCCAAAAGGCCAAGCGGGGUUUAUAUGCCCUUUGGAGAAGGACCUCGUCAGUGUUUAGGUAAGCGUUUUGCCGAAAUAGAAAUGAAAUUGGCACUUUCAGAAAUAUUAUCAAAAUACGAAAUAGAACCAUGUGAAAAAACUGAUGCUCCAAUGAAAUUUAAGAAACUAACUUUGAAUACUGUACCAGAAAAUGACAUAUGGAAUAAAUCAACCAUGUUAUCGUUAGCCAGUACGUCGAUUUUUAACGGCACUUGGUUUAUGAACACGUGCGCGUUGUCCAUAGUUUUAGGAUGUUUAUUUUAUUACUUUAGCACUUCUACUUAUGGAUAUUGGCAGAAAAGGAACGUACCGUACGAACGGCCAGUGCCAUUGUUUGGAAAUUUCACAACAAUCAUAUUUGGAUUCGAACACAUUACUGAUCUAUUUAACAGGUUGUAUAAACAUAGUUUCGAACACAAGUACUGGGGAAUUUACCAGAUGAGAACGCCAACGUUAAUGCUUCGCGAUCCGGAUCUCAUAACUAAGGUACUCAUAAAGGAUUUCUCACAUUUCACGGACCACGGUAUACCUGUAGAUAUCGACGCUACUCCUUUGUCAAACCAUCUGUUCGCGAUGAAUGGACAAAAAUGGAAAAUCAUGAGAAACAAAAUGAGCCCAGUCUUCACAUCUUCAAAACUGAAAAACAUGCAAGAUCAGAUUAAAGAAUGUAGUGACCAAUUAAUGAAGAAUUUGGAAAUGAAUUUAAUUCAAUCAGACGUGUUAGAGGUGCGUGACAUCAUGGGUGAUUAUUCGACGGACGUAAUCGGUACUUGCGCUUUUGGGCUUCAGUUAAACGCCAUCGUUGAUAAAGAUUCGCCAUUCCGGAAAGCCGGAAAAGCUGUGUUUACGGUUUCACUGAGGUCGGUUGUAAAAGAUUUGGCCACUUUUAUUUCACCAUCAUUUAGGAAACUGCUGAAAAUUGCCGACGUCCCUCCAGAAGCAACAGAUUUUUUCGAAUCUUCGUUUAACCAAACGAUGGACUACAGAACAAAAAACAAUAUCGUGAGAAACGAUCUCGUGCAGUGUUUAAUGCAGGCUAGACAAGAUUUAAUCAUCAACAAAUUGGAACCAUCAGUGAACUAUAGAGAAACGGAUAUAGCUGCCAACGCUUUCCUUAUGUUCGUUGCCGGAUUUGAGACGGUUUCGACUACCAUGAGCUACUGUUUAUACGAGUUGGCUCUAAAAAAACACAUCCAAGACCGUGUUCGCAAUGAAAUCUUAACCGCAAAGUCUAAACAUAACGGCGAGUUCAGUAACGAGUUCUUAACAGAACUUUCAUACCUGGAAAUGGUCAUAUCAGAAACUCUACGUAUGUAUCCACCUUUAUCGAUUAUUAUCAGAGAAGCUUCAGAGUCCUACAAAGUUCCUGGGGAAGAUUUAGUAAUAGAAAAGGGUACUAAAAUCGCUAUACCUGCAUACAGCCUACACAUGGAUCCAAUGUAUUACCCUGAUCCGAUUACCUUCAAUCCGGAACGUUUUACACCCGAGGAAAAAUCCAAAAGGCCAAGUGGUGUUUACAUGCCUUUCGGAGAAGGACCUCGUAUAUGCUUAGGAAAACGUUUUGCCGAAAUGGAGAUGAAAUUGGCACUUUCUAAACUAUUAACUAUGUACCAAAUAGAACCCUGUGAAAAAACUGAUGUCCCGAUGAGACUAAAGAAGCUUGCUCCGACUACUGUCCCCGAAAACGGAAUAUGGUUAAGAUUUAAACGUAUCAAAUCUUAAAUAAUUUUUGUUAUGAUGUCAAACCUAUUAAUCAUUAUUGAUAAAUUAAGUAAUUUUCAUUUGUCAUGUAUUUAUUUUGUUUAUUAAUUCAAUGUGUUAUGGGCUUUUACUUAUUUAUCAUGACUAAUAAAAUUUUAAACAAAUUUAACAUGCUCUGAGACAACAGUUCUAAUAAGGUCUAAGUGAAUAUUAUGUUUAUGAAAUUUGGUUUGAGAAAUUUCCACGAUUACUUGUAAUGUUUUUACAAUACAUAUUUAAAAAUUCUAACUAUUAAAAUUGUACAGAAAUUUUAAUUGGGUGUAAACAUUUUUAGUGCUUUUUUUUAACUAAUAACAGUGUUAUUUGUUAUUAGAAAACUGUAUCCGAUCUGAUUAAUUUUCCCGACUUUGACAUAGUUAUAUAACCCUAGUUCUCUUAGGUUUUAUACAUAAAGAAAUGAAUCUCUAGACAAUAUAUUUAACAAAUAAUAAUAGUGAUUAAUGUAUGUUUAUAAAUACAUUUUUAAUUGUAAUAACUCAAUUGUCAUUGAUUAAUUCUAUUAUAGUACUUUACAUUUUUACUAUGUGUAUAAAAGACAAAACAUAAUUGUAUUUAGGUAUCGAUAUAUGUAUUUUCUGACA